UGAGGAUGGCAUGGCUGGCAGAGCCUCGAUCUUACCCAUCGUGCCAUGACUUGAAUAUGCGGGGCUGCCGCCUCCCUCACUGUUAAAUCGGAACAGAGAAGCGUCUGUUGACUGGGGCAGGACUCUGGAAAAUAUGGUGGGAGUUGCAGAAUUUUAAGUCCCAUAGGAGGGUAACGGGACAGAAGUGAUGCAGAAAUUGUAGAGAGAGAACACAGCGUUGCGUUAUGACAGGAGAGAGGCUUUUAAACCAAACCUGCUGCUGCUGAAGUUGAUAACUGUGAUGAUAUUGACGUUUUGGCAACAAGACUGAUGACAGUUGACGGACGCGCAGAGCAUCGAGGGCGAUCAAGUGCCAGGGAUUUCAGAGCCGCACAGACUGCCUCAGGAAUGGAUGGUAAUGCACACAGCCGACCACCUGACCGAAGGAGAUCUUCGAAGAACAAAGCUCCACCUCCUCCUCCGGUUCUGAAAGGCCUGGAUGCUCCUCUGCUCUACCAGAAACUCUCAGAAUCCUCUCAUCCUGCCAUGGAGCAGAUGGAGAACAAACUGGAGCAGGAGCUAACACUGACUGUGGUCCUUCCUGGAGGAGUGGAAAAAACCACUGUGGUGCAUGGCAGCAAACCUAUGAUGGAUCUGCUGGUCACGCUUUGUGCAAAGUACCGCCUGAAUCCCUCUGGUCACACCAUUGAGCUAGUCACCAACAACAGGAACCAUGUGAAGUUCAAACCCAACGCCCUCAUCGGCACCCUAGAGGCAGAGAAGAUCUUGCUCAAACCGAAAGGCAUGGACGAUAAAAGCAAAAAGACAGGACCACAGAUGCCAGAGGCAACCGUACGAUUAGUGAUAAACUACAAGAAAACACAGAAAACCAUUCUCAGGGUGAGUCCACGGGUUCCUCUACGAGAACUGCUGCCCGCUAUCUGCGAGAAAUGUGAAUUUGACGUGCACACCACAGUUUUAUUACGAAAUGUCCACUCAGAAGACACUUUGGACCUGAGCAGCUCCCUCAAUGACCUUGGCUUGAGGGAAGUGUAUGCAAAAGAGAGCAAAGUUAUUAGCCCUGUAAGUCCUGUAAGUCUGCCACCUUCUCCUACUCGCUCAGAAAUAAUUAAUCAUGGAAAAGACAAAAUACAGAAGGACAAGGAAAAUAAAGGACUGUUCAGCAUAUUUAGAAAAGGAAGUAAGAAACAGUCAGAACAGUCAAGGACCGUGAGUGCACCAGCAUCGCCAGUGCAUAGAAAACAGAGGCCAGUCAGCAUGAGUUCUUUAAGAACUUAUUCGCCAACGUACGAUUCGAAAACCAUGCCCUCGGACAUGCCAAAGAAAAGAGAAAAGAGAAGAGCCCCAUUGCCACCAAGCAUGAUGUCACAGAGCAUACCAACUGAUCUCAGUCAUCACCAAGGCAACGCUCAAACUGUAGCGCAUCCUGAUGGCAACCAGCAUAUGGCCCGUUUGAGCCGCGGAUCUUCGACAGAUUCGUCCUUCAAGAGUUUGUCCACCAAGCGAAAGGCCCCGCCGCCCCCCACCUUGACCAGCGUCGCCCCUCAUGAUGAAACUACACAGGACAAAGACUUGACAGAACCUGUGCUGGUGUCUCCACUUGAGGAGAUCAAAGAACAGGAAGAAGUCUUCAUGAUAACAGAGGGUCAGGCAUGCCCUUUAGAGGACGAGCACCUGAAAGAUGACAGCAGCUUGAAUCUGUCCUCUGAGAUCUCUCUGGACUUAAGCCAAGCUGGGACCGCAUCUCCCUCGCAAGAGUCAGAGAUUCUAGAGAGUGUAUCACCACAUGGGACGGCCAGAGAUAAUCCAUCAUGUAACCUGUCUGCAGAUGUAGAAGUAGCUGAGAGCACCAUAAAUGAAGAGUUAAAAUCAGACCAGGCUGUGAGCGCUCAUGUCCAAUCAGAAGAGAUGGAGCCCCUGAAGGAGAAGACAGAAAAGGCGAAUCAAUCUUCUCAAAGUGGCCCUGUAUUAGAAGAGGUUUCAGUGAACGCCACAGAGACGGGUGCAUCUUUGUUCAACACGCCUCAAAGGUCCGACCGCGGCAUUCAGACUUUGCACACUCAUACAGACUUGCACGCUCAGUGCCUUGAUUCCAACAUGGUCACUUUGCCAGCAGUUCCCAAGUCUUCACCUGAGCCAAGCCGUUCGGCUCACGUUGAAGACCAGACACAGAAAACCAACCCUAGUGCAGUCCACCUUACUCACACCGAGACGCAAACGCAGACAGAACCUGAGACUCCCCCUAAUGAACCAUUACCUAGAUUUUGCACUGAACCUCUUAUGAUGAUCUCCUCAUCCUCAUCUGGGCUAAAGAGAAACAUGUCCACUUCCACAGAAGAGCUGCAUGUUCCUCGACCCCAAACACCUACAAUUCAACCCUCAAAGGGUCCAGCGUCAACACCAACCGCCCCUAAAGCAAGUACUGUACAGUAUUUUGCAGAUGUCGAGCCCAAACCCAAACCAUCCAAUGAACUGACACGUGAAUACAUCCCCAAAGUGGGCAUGACCACCUACACCAUUGUCCCUCAGAAGUCUCUAGAAAAGCUACGAUUCUUUGAGGUCGAACUAACUCUGGAGCCACGCAGUGAAGGGAGCGUUAAGAACCUGGACUGCAAACCAGAAGCAAAAAUUGUUCCAGAUCAAACGACAAACAUCUCACCUCCACCAGGCCACCUUCCCCAUUUCACGAAUGGGACAGUCGCUCUUAAUGGCCAUCAGAGUGUCUCCAGAAAAGCCACUGAGCUUUCACAGACAAUUCCACUAGUUUCACCCACAGCCACCAUUUCCUCGCCCUCGUCCCCAUUAGAAGAAACUGAUUACAUCGUUAAGGAGAAGAAGGCUCCACCCGCAACAAGACCCAAACCAGCUUCAUUCCGCUUGACACAGCACAAACGAGCUCCUGGGGAUUAUGUCACCUCCGCGGCUGUACGUAGAGCGAGUGUUGGCAGCACAAGUAGCAGCAACAACACCUGUAGCAGUCCGGCAGCUAGACCAGAGGAAGCUGCAGUCAGUCUGCAGUCCGAUGCAUAUAUUGUGACUGCGCUUGACAACUUUCCCCCUCCACCACCACCAGUACAGUGGGACAGAGAGGAGCAACAUGCCGAAUCAAGUAAUGUUCCCCUACCUGAGGUCCAACCAAAGCCUAAACCCCUUUUGAAAGGCGUCGAGGCUUCAAGUGAUGUUACUCUACCUAUGGUCCAACCAAAGCCUAAACCCCUUUUGAAAGAUGUGGAGGCUUCAAGAUUUCCACCGUACUCUCUUCUGUCUCAGCAAAAGAGUCUUCCCACAAAUCCCACACCUUCAUUGAGUCUGGAGAAGUUGAGAAGCUUUGCAGCACCCAAACCUUUUUCGCCCACAUCAACUUCUCGUUUUGCCCAAGCUGUGUUGUCUGCUGUGAAGAGAUCCCAGUCUCUUUCCCAUCAUCAUUUGGAACAGUCACCACACAAGCUGCCUGUUUAUCAUCUCUCAGCACAAAGCACAAUUAGAGAGUCACCUGAACCGCCAACAAGUAAUGUGACAGACAAUGGAGAAGGACGCAUGGAGGGAUAUAGAGAGGCCCCAUCACAAACAGCAGGCCCUGGCGACCUAGCGCCGAGCUCCGCCCAACAUGGAGACAUGGGAACAUGUAAGAUUGGAAAUACUCAGCCAUAAUUACCAGGGUCUGAAGCAUCUGUAGUGCUGUCUCCCACAUUGAAGGGAAUAUCGGAAGCCGUACGCUCUGUGGAGGAAUGAAGCAUUCUGACUAGCCUGAAUUCACUCGGUGCCUUCAUUAACGGAACUUCACUGAUUCCCAAACAUCACGAAAAUCUGCCAUCUUCACAUUUCUUUCUCUCACCUUUAUUCCGGAUCUGGCCAGAACUGCGUAGAGCGCAGUUUUCCACUUUGUAGCUACUUCACAGUGUGUCACUUUCUACGAUACAAACAUGCCUUAAUGAAAAGAUUUUGUUGAUUGAUCAACUAGCGCAGAGAGAUUACUUUAAUUUGACGCUGAGCAGAUACGUGGAGGAGAUGUUGAUUUCUUCUAAUUUAUUCUACAGAUAGCUCAGAACAAUUUUAAUUACUAUCUGUUACUUUGUUUUUGUUUUUUGUUUUUGCCCAGUAAAAGUAGCAAAUCUUAUUAAUGUUAUCAAAGUUUGAAAUGUAUUCAUUUGAAUAUUGUACGGUUGCUUUCUGACAUUAUGAAUGGUGUAAAUGUGCAGAUUCACAGAAAAUGUGCUGUUCUAUUUUGAGGCCUUUAUUUUGUUUAAAUUAUUCUGUGUAGAUUUGAUUAUAUAAUUAUCAGCCAAUGAAAAAUUUUACUGAAAUAUCCCCAAUUCUCUUGCCAAACAUUGGUACGAAGUGUAUCGUUGUUACUUAUGGCUUUUGUUCUUGAUCAUAAAUAAUAAUACAUUAUUGUCAUUGUUGAACAGGUCUUUGGGGCCCAACAAACUUUUAAACAAAGCUUUUGCCAAGACAGAAGACACUGGUCUUAUUUGUUGUUUUGUGGAGAAUACUGCUGUAAUAUCUGAAAUAAACUCUCCUCUUUUCUCUGUAUCAUAGUAUAACAGACCUUUAAAGUUUGAGCCCUCUGAUUGUGUUAUUUAUGGGUAAAAUUCUGAUCCAGACAUUUUGAAGCUGUAAAGCAUCACACUAGGCUUUGAUCUUGCGAAAUUCGGAUCCUGCAAUGAAGGACAUAUUGGCCAGCAAAAUAUGUUUAUAACUUUAUUGAGCCGAGAGGUCAGUGUGCGAUGUUUAUAUCCUCAAUUGGUCAAAUGUUCUCUGGCUAUCCAAAUGAACAUUUUUACGCACCAUAAAUUAUAUUUCUUCGCAUAAGUUUGCAUUUCUGGGCUCCCAUAGCACAAAUUCUAGUGGGAACGUAACUUUAGGAUGUCAAACGAUGCAACGAACACUUACUUUGAAAUACAAUGACUGAUUACUGCA